CUGAGGCCAGCGGAGUGCUCACUCGGGUGGGCGGAUCGUAGCGGUGACAGAGACGCUCGCAGACUCCCGACAAACUGUCAAAAAGCGGACAACUAACGCCAUGGCGGAGUUAGACCUGAGUCUGAGCGACGCGCUGACGGACAGCGUUCCCCAGCAGGGCCCGGAGAGCCUGGUGGAGAAGGACUUUGUGGCUCAGUUGGAGGCGGAGGCUUUCGACGAUCAGGUCGGGGAGACGGUUGGAAAGACAGACUACGUGCCCCUGCUGGACAACGACGACACCAGGGCAGACGGGAGUGCUACGUUGGAGAAUGGAGAGCAGGAAGCUCAUGGGGUGCAAAAGCCUGGUUGUAAGCUGACCGCGGGGGGACAGACAUCCGUGUUGCGCCCAGAGCCGCAGGGAGAGGUGUGGCCACACUCUUUUGACCAGCAGCAGGCCUCGGCUACAGACUUCUUAUCAGGCUCCAUGGCAGGUUAUUCAGAUCCUCUGGGCUCCCAGACCAGCCCUGCCCACAUGAUGGAUACUGGCCGGAUGGAAGCUUUUUCAGGUUUCUCCCAGCCUGGUGGGAUGGGGCUCAACGUGGAGGUGGGGGCUGCACCCCUCUCGGCAGAGAGGAUGUCAAGUAUAGCAGAACCCCAGCAUCCCACACCCCCGGCGGGCUCAGAGGCCCCUAAGGAGCACAGCCCCAUGCUGCCUGAACCGCAGCCACCUCGCAGCCCUCUGGAUGUGUCAGCAGGUGCCGUAGGUGACUGCUGGCCAGACGGGGCUGGCAUCCUAUCAGCAGACCUCCCUUUCACCCCCAGUGUUGCCAAUGUGAUCACUCGCCAUUGCGGCCAUCUCGCAGUCAGCCCUGAUGACUCACCUGACAGUUGGCCUGUCCGAGAGAGCACUGCAUAUGCUGGAGGCGACGAAAGGGAGGGAGAUGGUUCAGACCGAAAACAAAAGAAAAAGAAGAAAAGGCGACAGAAAGAUGAGGGAUCUUACGAACACCCCGAGAGCAGGGGUCACCCUGAGGUGCAGACACAAGGAGAAAACACAGAGGAGUUCUACCACAGGAUUGGCCCAAGGCGGGAUAGAGGAGAAGGUGGCUGGGAGGAGCAGCUUGGAAAGAGUGGAGGCCGUGGGAAGAAGGGUAAGAGCAGGAAGAAGAUUCCAGAGGAGUGGGGAGUGGGAGCAGAACCGUUUGUCCCUUCGGCUGCGGUGACCUCUCAAAUCACUGAGGAGAAGUUGUUGGAUCUGGGGAGUUCUACUCAGGCAAACUUGGAGGCCUCGUUCGUAGACAUGGACACCAGCCAGAGCCCCUGGAAACAGGAGGUCUUCCCAGAAGAAGGCCUGGUCCCGUCCCCCCUGUCUGAGGACCUGUUCUCCCCAGCAGCUGCUCCCAUGAUCCCACUGGUCCUGAACAGCGAGCUGAAAGCCACAGCACCUCCAUUCACUAUGCCCUCCACCACCAACAGUGCGACACUUGGCUCCUUCCCCAUGGUUCCUCGCCCUGAUGAUCCAUUCGACCUCCUGAUGGAUACUGAAAAUGCAAGCUUAGGCAACAGCAGCCAGGCCUUUUCACCUGGUGGUGACUUGGUUGACAGCGGGAUGUUUGACAACACCAGUUCCCUCCUAGAGUCUCAUGUGCAAGUCAUGCCAGAGGGAGACACCUCUGCUUUCAGCCCUGCCUCCCAGCCGAGCCCAGGCCUUUCCCAAAAAGGCGAGGUGUUAGCCACGGCCCCACCUCUUUCACCUUCAGAUGCUUCAUGGCUCCUAAAUGACUCCAACGUGACCGGCAACAGCGAGCUCUUUGACUUCAGUGACAUGAGCGCCCCAGGUCAUCCUGUAACCUUAGGGCUGUCCUUCGAUACUCCAAGCCCAGCUCCUCUCCGCUCCCCCAAAACCACAGCACAGGAAUUCCAGCCCAAAGAGCACAAAGAUGCCAAAUCAGCACAGAAGCAAUCCAAGAAGUCUCGUUCUUCAUCCUCCUCCUCCUCUGUCAAGAGUCCCACCUCUCCAGGAGCAAAGAAUUUCCCUCUCCAAGCAUCCCCACUCAUCAGCCCCUCUUCCCCUCCAUCGGCCACCCCAGGAUCUGGUCUUAACCCUACAGCUAAGCCCUUCUUUCCCAGCUUUGCUGAUCCCAUGGAUGAACCCGCCAUGGUCCCUCCAGUUGCCCCCGUCAUCGAAGUAAAAUCUGACAAGACCGAGAAGGCCGAGAAGAAGGAGGAGAAGCAGGAGGACAACGUAAAGAACGUGGACCUGUUUGACCCUCUGGAUAAACCUGAGCAGAAGAGCGUGACGGUGGAAUACGCAAUCAGUGAGACUCCAGCCAAGGUGGAGAAGGAGAUAGAGAAGGAGAAGGAGAAGCAGACAGAAACAGAAAAAGAGAAGGAGAAGGAGGCAGAGACAGAAAAAGAGAAGGAGAAGCAGACAGAGACACAAACAGAGAAGGAGAAGGAGGCAGAAAAGGUGAAGGAGAAGGAGAACGAGAAAGAGAUGAAAGAUGCAGAAAAAGUUAGAGAGGAGAAAGUGACGGAGAAAGUAAAGGUGACGGAGGCACAGGUAGAGAAGGUGGAAGAAAAAAAGGAGACAGAAAAGGAGAAGGAGAAAGUGGAGUCAGUGCAGCAGAAAGCAGAGAAGGAGGAUAAAAUGAUCAAGGUAGAAGAAUCACCUGAUAAAUCAGUGAAGACAGAUAAAAUAGACAAGAUGGAGAAAGCAGAAAAAGUGGAGAUGAAAGAAGAAGUCACCAGCAAAGUGGAGACAACAGAGAAAGUAGAAAAAGUGGAGAUCAAAGAAGAAGUCACCAGCAAAGUGGAGACAACAGAGAAAGUAGAAAAAGUGGAGAUCAAAGAAGAAGUCACCAGCAAAGUGGAGACAACAGAGAAUGUGGAAAAAGUGGACAAAAAUGAGAAGCCCAAAGUGGAAGAAAUAAUUGAGAACAAAAACACUGAGAAGCUCGAGAAGACAGAGAUAAAGGAUGACAAAGAGCAGCACGUGGACAAAGAUGAAAAGACUCCAGAGCCCCAGCUGACACCCUUCAAGCUCGAUGCCAGUUCUGACAAGCUGGAGCAGAAGGCCGACGUGGAGGCAAAGACGACACCAGAAGCGGAAGACACCAAGAUAGAGACGGCCGACACAGACAAAGACAAGGACAAGAAGGUGGAGAAAGAUGACGAGGUGGAGAAAGUGCCUGAGAAGCCGGCGGAGAAACCAACGCAGAAGAGCGAUAAGGAAGAGAAGCAGGACAAAGUGCAGGGCAGCAAAAAGACUGUGGAGAAAAAGGACGACAAGAAGGACAAGGCUGCAAAAGCAGACGGAGGAGAGAAGGCCAAGAAGGCAAAACCUGCAACUAAUGGAAGCAGCGCCCCUCUGAGCAGAGACAUGGCAAGUGCAGAGAAGAAGACUAAGCCUGUUGCCGGGGCGACCAAACCGAGCGCUGCUGCUAAAACGCGGCCGACUGCCGCAGCUGCAGGUGGUUCAGUCACAGCACCUACUAAGCGCCUCACAUCCUCCACCACCACCACCCUCUCAGACAAAAAAACAGCCACAACCAAGACACCAUCAUCAGCUGCCGCUGGUCCGAAGCGGCCAGCCACCACUUCCACCAGCCGCCCCACAUCCUCCUCCACCACCACUGCACGGGAUGUCAGGCCCAAGACAACUAUAGAGAAGCGCCCCCUUGUGCCAAAGGCCAGCACCGCCACCUCGACAGGCUCCACUGCUGCCACCAAAAAUGGAACUGCUACCACAGCAGCCAGUAAAGCUGCUACAUCAGUGCGCACGACGGCGUCUACCCGCACCGCUGCUACCACUGCAGCCAGGAGGCCUCUGGCCUCGAAGACAGACAGCAAACCAGGAGAGGAGAAGAAGCCCGGCACUCUGAGGACUUCCACAGCCGACUCCACCAAGCCCAAGACCACCACCACCCGCAGCACCGCUUCCACCACUGCUGCGUCACGCACUCGAACCACGGCAGCCAAACCGGCCACGCCCUCCUCCACCACUGGCACAGCACCAGAGAAGAAGCCCAUGGUGCCCCGCACCUCCCGGGCCACUUCCUCAACCACCAACACCACCACCACUGCCACAUCUAGGACCACCGCUCGCCCCAACACAGCACCGGCCCCCGACAUCCGCAACGUCCGCUCUAAGAUCGGCUCUACAGACAACAUGAAGCACCAGCCCGGAGGAGGGAAGGUGUCAUCUGCCUCUCAGAGCAGGGGCGUGGCCUCCAAAGACACAAGCCAGGGCAAAGUUCAGAUAGUCUCCAAAAAGCUGGACUUCAGCCACGUCUCCUCACGCUUGGGUUCCAAGGACAAUAUGAAGCAUGUUCCUGGUGGAGGGAAUGUGCAGAUACUCAACAAGAAGGUGGACGUGAGUAAGGUGACAUCAAAGUGUGGCUCCAAGGACAACAUCAAGCACAAGCCUGGCGGUGGGGACGUGAAGAUCGAGUCCCACAAAGUGAGCUUCAGGGAAAAGGCUCAGUCCAAAGUGAGCUCCAUGGACAAUGUGAGCCAUUCACCUGGUGGAGGAAACGUUAAGGCUGAGGGGGCCCAGGAGACAACAGAGGGGAAUGGGACUCCCCUGAGUGGCACCGAGGCCCCGGCCCCAGGCUCCGAGCCAGGGCAGGCAGGGAGCCCUGCUGCCCAGGAGAAUGGGCUGAAGGAGGGGGCUCCCUGUGAUAGUGAGGGCCUCCGGGAGCCCCAGGCUCUGGACUCACGUAUCCCAGAGACAAAUUGAGUGUUUCAAGCUCAACUUCCGCGAGAAUGCUCGCUCUCGCACGGACCACGGCGCCGACAUCAUCACCUGGCCAGCCCCCCAAGACGACAACAGACCCCACCCGCACGGUUCCUCCCACUCUCUACACCAAAACCUCCGCCAGCAACACCCGACUCCUCGCAGCGUCUCCCUCAUCGAACCGUUGGCUUCUGCAGGCUGCGUCGGCUCCCCCUCUGCCCCCUCCUCGCUGCAUCUUCAGGGGGAGGUCCAGGGGGAGGACAGCAGCUCUUUAAAAGGAUCUUUACCUUUUUUGUCCCCAUUAAACCCCGCAGAGCCCCUUUUAUCUUAAAUCUGUCAUUGCAAAUUCUUUGAAUCAUCCAAUAGUUCUGCAGCUCUAGUAUCAUGUUAUCUUGCCUCUUCUCUCACAUCUGAGCUCAUCAUCAUGACGUGACGGUAUAGACUAAGCUUGGGAAUCUAUGUGGAAGGAAACAAGGGGAAGGUUUUCUCACGUAUUUGGUUGUGUCUUCUCCAAAACCGCUGACCCGGAAUCAAUGGGUUUCACUUGGAUCCUCUUUACCCCACAGCCCGGUGGUGUACUUCGACCCUGCUUCAUGUCACCUUCACAUAACCAAUAAGCAGCGAUCACUUCAUUCGUCAACUGAGCAGCGUGGAAACCCUCCUGGACUCACACAUAGCUUCUCUUUCCCUCGUGACUUUAGGGCUGUUCAUUCCCAAUAACCACUCACCCUCUGUUUCAGUAACAUCAUAGUAAUCAGCUGUCCGUCUCAUCUGCUUCAUCACUUUCUCUCUCUUCACUAUCACUUACCAUAAACAAGCUGACAAACAAAAAAGCUAGACAACAAGUAGGCUGUUUGAACCAUUUUAGGCUGUUUAACUCUUUAAUCUCUGUUUGUGAUGAUGUGUUUGAGUGACAACAUUGUGUAAAAAUGAGCUUUGGUGUUCUUUUCUCGGAUCUUAUUUCUGUCUUUCUCAAGUUUUCUCUUCUUUUCUUUCCUUCCUAGUUUCUUGAUUUAAAAACAAGGGUUUAUUUAUUUAUUGUACGUCUCUUCCUGCGUAAGCAAUACAGUGGGCGGUCUUUUUUUGUUUCCAGUAGCACUCAGAAUAUCUUGGAAACACGCACAGGUUUUUGUUAAAGCAAGACACACAGUGAAAAUGUUCAGAGGGAGGAAGAAAGUGAGAAUGGAUAUGACGCAAGAAGGGUGACAGAGCAAGCGUUGCAUUUAUAGCAAAAUCCUUGUCGAAAGGUGAAAGUUUUUGAAAAGCAAUAGUGGAAGUUUGCUUAAGUAGAGAAGCUUUAAGUGUGCAUGCGAUCCAGAGGGAGACGAGGAAGAUGCCUAAUCGUCUCUGAAGUCAAAGGAGCGGUGUGUCUCGUAUGUGCCUCCUGUCCUUCUUACCUGAAAACUGCAGUGAACGAGGGUGACGCAGGCUCACACCUAAAACUGCACAGACAAAUGGGAUAUCGUAGCUGACGAAUCGGACGUAAAACGUUAGGGGCAACCUGGUUUUGCUGUUGUAAGGAAAUUGUGUAAAUCAAGCUGUCCUGGUAGUUGUGUGUCGUCAUGGUUGUUGUCCCAUUUCAGGUGUUUCUAUGAGGGUAAUGGUAGCAUGUUGUUUGGCAGUAGCUGAAUACGAAAACAUCUCUACUACGUGUUCGGCACUUUUGUCUUUGGAGUGUUGGCAGUGGAACAUGAUGUGGCUUUAUACUCUUCUCUUGUAGCAAUGUAUUAAACUGUUGCCUCCAAUUGCCUUUAUAAUGCAUGGCCACAUUAUACGAUAUCACACCCAGAGCUGAAAGCCUUCGUGCAUUAUGACUCAAAGUGUUGUGGUUUGGUACCAUAUGUAUAUCUCGGGGGCGAUCCAAGACAGUUGAUGUGUUGUUACUAAAAUUAUGGACAGGAAGAGCUGGUGUCGGAUGGCUGUUGUUUCACCUCUUAAUUGCAUUAUUAAUUCUACUGCUUUAAAUUAUAUUCUAUAAAAUAAAAGACAUAGCCGCCGUGACGUCACCAUUGGUGUGUGGACUCCCGUCAUCUUGGAUUUCUGCAGCCAAAAGUGACUAUAAUUGGACGGGAGGGUGGAGAUAACCCUAAUGCUAGCUGCUAGCUUGGUUAGCACAGUGCGCUUACAGCCAUGGUUAUUUGUGAUAAGGCUAAUUUUUAGCUAGCAAAAAACAGUCUUAAAACCAUUAAAACAAAAUUCACUUACUGGAAAACUGAUUAUACGACUCCUUAGACGUUUUUUUAGUGCAACCAAAUGCCGAACAAGACUUGUUUCAGUGAUCAAAAUGUUGCAGUUGAUUUUCACGAACUGAAAACACAAUGAGGCUACGUCUAUAGACUCUUUUAGGCCCGAUGUCACAAUAACAUCAGUUUGUUAGCUGGAGGCAAAGCACGACUCUCCCCCACAGGGCUGUAGGCUACAUAGGAGUCUUAAAAUGUGAUCUAGAAGGAGUCAUGGCUCAAAA